AUGGACACCGACCCAGAGCCACACCAGGCACCUGCAGGCGCCGAGACUUCCAGGGUCCAACAGCAUCUCCUCGGCCGCCCUCCAUCCUUACCCAAGUCACGAUCCCUCUCCGACGGCGGAGGGACAACGCCCAAGCUUUCCCCGUCGCCUCACAUCGCCACGACAUCCCGCCGCACCUCCAAGGACGACCACGACAUUGAUACCUUCUCCAGCCCACGCGCCGUCACCGCCGCCGCCGCGGCGCCGGCUGCCACGCUGGCCGCGCUUCCUUCCACGCCGAAGCGGUCAGAGGUUCGUGGCUGGCCAUCGCUGCAUAUGCAGCAACACUACCAACAACAGCAGCAGCAGCCACCGCCACGAACCUCUCGCGACUUUACACCUCCUGAUGCGGCCGCCGGUACUAGCGCGUAUGGCAAGCCGGUUCCUCUCUCCCCCAAGCUCGACCACUCCCACAUCUACGCCUCUCCGACCAACAUCCUCCCCCGACGAUCACGUGGCCUCGACUUCUCUCGCGCCGCCACGAGCCUGCACCACUCCACCCUCGCCGAGUCGUCGCCCGAGUCGUCGCCCACCGUCGGCGGUCGCGGAAUGAACAUCCCCGUGAGGCGGAGGGAGUUUGGCUCGGGCGCCGAGCACGGCUUGCAGGCCUCGGCGUCUCUCUGGCCCGCCGCGAUCGGCAACCAGGAACGGAUGAACAUCAGCAGCUCGCUGGGUAGCACCCAGGCCAUUGGCUCCGACACGUCGAGCUCAUCCGAUGACGACGACCUCAUGGACGAGGACACGGACGAGGCGUAUGUCACCACCCCUCAGGUUUCAAGGAUGGGUCCCGCCGGAGGCCCCAGACCGCUUGGCUCGCCAGCCAUGAAUGCCCUCUCCAACUUUCAGAACCGUCCGCGUCCGAGGAAACAUCCCAAGAGGAAGGUACGGGGACCGCUAGGACUUGGCUUCAACAUGAAUGCGUCGGCGCUAUCCCGGUCGCCGCCGGGAAACUCGGCGCGUGCCCGCCGCGAGAGCAUCAGCUGGCAGGCAAACCAGCUGCACAUAUCGAGUGUAGAUGGAGAGGAUAGUGGCAGGUCGCUGAGCGAUGUUGAUGGUCCAUCGGGCGAUACCCAGCCCAACGUAACGCGAAGAGCAGUCACCCGUCGUGGAAACCUCUUGCCAAAAACCAAGACCUUUGCCCGCAUUCGAGCUGCGUUGCUGGAAGAAGGUGCCCCGGCCGAGGCAGAGUUCCGCCGCGAAGCGGAAGUCGUUAAGCAGGUUCGCGAAAGCGAUGUUGAUCAUGAGACCCGUCCUUCGACAAAUGCCUUUGACUUAUCGCAAGCAGUCAGCGCACUGUCCUCGCCCAAUAUGGUCAACCAGGAUACCAUCGAGGAGCCCGAAGAAGACUUUAUGCGAGAUUUGUCGACCGGCGCAUCCAGCACUUUCAAGCAGCAGUUACUAAAGAUAAAGUCGAAGUCAUUCUGGGACACGUAUUCUGAAUGCAGCAGUACUGGAGGCGCUGGCCGUGCCUCUCCACCCCCCCAGCCGUUCAUCCCUCGAGAAUCAUCUUCGGGCAUGAGUGAGGAUGCUGCCAUGGACUCGCCCUCCUUUCCGCUUUUCCAAAACUACCCGUCGCAAGCAACCGCCAUCGGCCCUCAGCCCCCUUCUGCUGCCGAGAUUACGCGCCGCAUCAACAACAAGCGCCGGCGCGACGACGACCUUGACCCCGUGAGCUUCAAGCGCCGGGCCGUCAGCCCCGGUAUGAGCGUGCACAACUCGCCGGUCGUGCAGAGCCCCCUGCAACGGGACAAUGUCCAAUGGGGCUCCCGGCCGGGCAGCACCGGCGGCGAUAAGGGCGGCAGCAGUGCGCAGAGCGACUCGGGCAGCAUGGGCGGCACGACGUCCGGAACGACGAGCGGAAACGGCCGCUUAAAUAACAACAAAGGCAGAGUGGGCUUCCAGGGCAUGGUCGACGCCAACGACGCGAUUAUGCGCAUGAGCAUUGAGUAG